AUGUCGAACUACUCCCAUCACCAGUCUCAAAACCGCCCCGGUAAUUUCUAUUCAGACCCUAUGCCGCCGCAGACGGACGAGUACGGAGACCUCCCUGGUUCCUCUUCCCGGCGGGCCCCAAGGUCUAAAGAGCAAGUCGCUGCCAUCCCUGACCCAGAGCUCGAGCGCACGAAGCGCCGUGGAUUCCACCCGAUUCAGGCCUUGUCUAUUGCUGCGAAAAGUGGUUGUUUCCUCGGGGCGUGCACGAACGUUUUAUGGCCCUUUGUCCCUAUUGGGUUGGCUCUUCAUUUCGUGAGGCCAGAGUGGCAUUUGUGGGUAUUUAUAACGAAUUAUGUUGCCAUGAUUCCCACGGCAAAUCUAUUGGCAUUUUCUAGUGCGGGGUUGGCACGAAAGAUUCCCAGGGUCUUGGGAGUAGUAAUACAAGUGACGGUUGCAUCAGUAGUUGAGAUAAUACUGUGCAUCCUAUUGUUAUUCAAGGGCCAAUACAAGGUGAUCCAGGCUGCACUUCUUGGGUCUAUGCUAGCAAAUCUGUUGCUGUGUACGGGACUCUGUUUUGUCGUUGGUGGGAUCAGGACAAAGGCACAAGAGUUUGGAGAUGUGCUUGCAGAGACUGGAGGAGGGUUAUUACUGCUAUCUGUUGCGGCAUUGACGCUGCCAGCAGCGUUCUAUGAAGGCCUUAGUGGACUAAAUAGGACAACAGCUGCAGACCUGACGGAUAGGAUCUUGAGUGUUUCGAGAUACAUGUCAAUUUUGUUAUUUGCUGCUUACGCUCUAUACCUUUUCUUCCAACUCCACACACACCAUCAUCUAUUCGACCACGACCUCUACCAUGCAGACCAGGCCAACAAGGACCGACGUGACAAUGUAAACCGUGCUAAACUCACUAUCACCGAGUCUUUGCUCUUCGUUCUCUUUUCUCUGACUCUCGUCUGCCUCCACUCUAUCUUCAUGGUUGAGCAAAUCCAUUGGAUCGUAAGCAACCGUCACGUAAGCGAUGCGUUCAUGGGUCUCAUCCUCGUACCCCUCGUCGAAAAGGCUGCAGAGCAUCUCAGCGCUGUUGACGAGGCCUGGGAUAAUGCGAUGGAUUUCGCACUAUCCCAUAUCCUAGGCAGCACUAUACAGACAGCACUGCUUGUGGCGCCAAUUGUCGUCGUUGUUGGGUGGAUUGCGGGUAGGCCGAUGGAUCUGAAUUUUGAGGUGUUUAUGGUUGUAAUAUUGGUGUUUUCGGUGUUGGUGGUGGGUAACUUUAUCAAAGAUGGGAAGAGUAAUUAUCUGGAGGGGGCGUUGUGUUGUAUUUUUUACCUCAUGAUUUCGGUGACUACUUGGUACUAUCCGAACCCACUAGAACUCGAAAGUGGUGGCGAGUAG